UAGAAAGGCCCUAAAAAAAAUCAAAGGGCCUCAGAUAUAUAUCGGAGAUGCUGUCGGCUUUCUUUACCUCAUUACUUUAAAUGCUUACCUCACUGAUGUCUAAAAAUCACCUUGUUUAAUUUUCAGCACUACUAAACCAACUCGCGGACGACCAGCUGAAAUCGCUCAUUGCCUAUGAUGUCAUCUAGUGCUAUUGCUACGUCACAAAAAUGGCUGUCCUCUCGAGUUGUGUCCAUAUGUAUACACAUCCGUAUUUGUGAAGUGACUCAUUGCUGCGAUAUACCUGUAUCAUUCGCAACACUUAUUAUCUUCCACUUCUUGCCACAUAAUCAUGCAGAAGAGUUGCAAGUGCCGAUGUUCUGUGAAUGGAUUACGGACAUAACCUACAUUCUGUGAAAUACAGCUACUUUCUACUUUACGACAGAUUGUUUAAUAUUUUCCUAUUAAAAUUUUUAUUAAUAUAUUUCUAUGAAAAAUAAUUAAAUACACUUAUAACUCUCUAAAUUCAUUGUAAUAUAGUGCAAAGCUAUUGAUUAUUUUGCGAAGCUGCAAAAUACCUGAAAGCAAUAUUGACAUAAACAUAUAUUGCCACGGCGUUCAGUCAUGAAAUUUGAUUAGACUUAAAAAGUUAAUAUGGAAUCACGAGGAGGGAAUGAAAACACUGCUGCAGUGCAUGACCGAAAUGUCGAGUGGUCAAGGUAUGGACUUGGCAGUGGAGGAAAUCGAAGAACCGUUAGAAGAGAAACUGGUGGUUACGAAGAAUUUGGUCCUGAGAUGUACCAGUCGACAGGAGCAAACGAGCUUUUUGCCCAAGAACAUAGUUCAGAUCCAUGGUGGAAAUCGAACUUUUUCAUAUCACAACCAGUUUUGUUUGGAACUUGGGACGGGGUCUUCACAUCUUGUUUAAUCAACAUUUUUGGCGUCAUUGUAUUUUUGAGGUCUGGUUGGAUUGUUGGACAAGCCGGCGUCUUAAAUGCUGUACUGAUAAUUCUGUCAACCGUUUGCGUUGCACUGGUAUCCGUUCUUUCUGCCGUUGGGAUUUGUGAACGAUGUCGUGUAGAAAGCGGAGGUGUUUAUUUCUUAUUAUCACAUGUCCUUGGAUCCCGAUUUGGUGGGUCUAUAGGACUACUUUACUGUUUUGGUCAAGCUGUUGGUUGCGCCCUAAAUGUUUUGGGUUUUGGCGAAUCCAUGGCUGGUCUGGUGGGGCUGGAAUCCACAUGGGCCCAAAGAGGUUUUGCUAGCGCAGCUGUAAUACUCUUGUCAGUAAUUAACUUAGCCGGUGUUAAAUGGGUCAUCAAGUUACAGUUUAUUUUAUUGUUAAUCCUACUAUUGGCAGGGUUGGAUUUUAUGGUCGGCAGCUUUGUCCAUGUAAACAUUGAGGCUGGUUUCGAAGGUUGGCUAUCUGGAAAUUUGAGAAACAACACUUUACCCGAUUACCAAGAUGGCUAUAGUUGGUUCACAGUGUUCGGUGUUUUUUUUCCCACCGUUACUGGGGUACUUGCAGGAAUAAAUAUGAGUGGUGAUUUGAGACAUCCGUCCACAGAUAUUCCAAAUGGCACGUUAUCAGCUCUAGGAACUGGGACAGUUCUCUACCUUUGCUUUUCAUUAUUUCUCGGAGCAACUUGCACCAGGGAAACUUUACGCAAUGACUUCAUGAUAGCGUCGACUGUUUCUUUAAUAUCCGUUUUACUAUUGGCUGGAUUGUACGUUUCGUCAUUUAGUAGCUGCUUAGGUGCUAUGUAUGGCACUCCUAGAGUUCUACAAUCCAUUGCAAGUCAGAAUGUCAUACCAGGAAUCAACUGCUUGCAAAGAGGAAAAGGUCCCAACAAAGUUCCCGUAUACGCUAUGGUGGUGGUCGCUGUUAUCACAUUGACAUUCAUAGUAACGGGGCAAAUCAACACUCUGGCACCUAUUGUGACUAUGCCGUUUUUACUAACGUAUGCAUGUAUGGAUUACGCAUAUUUUGCACUGGCACAAACGUUUGACUUGCAACACAUCAGAGAACAAAGAUUUCGGAAUCAAACGCCGACUUUUGAUCGAGGCUACGGAGCUGCGGGUCAGAAUGAAUCAACAGAAAUUGACAACGAUUUGGAUAGUCUGUUUCCUGAGCGAAUCAGACAUAAAACUUUAGCUCGUAAUUCAAGUAUCUCAGAAAGCACAAGUCAGGUUUCUUCUCCAGCUGCUGAUGAAAAUGCGAGCGUUGUUAACACAGAAGAACGGCCUCAUAUACACAAUAAGUUGGGAAAUUGGUACAGUCCUCUAUGCAAUAGAUGGGCUUCUUUAAUCGGGGCUCUGGUGAAGUUGCUGAUCAUGUUUUUGGUUCACUGGGGCUAUGCGAUAGCUAAUAUCAUUGUUGUAUUUCUUGUAUGGAGUUACAUUGGCCAUGCUAAUCCUGCAGUGAAACCGGGAAUAUCUGCUGAAUUUAAAUUUUUCAAAUGGCUCAAAAAUGCAAUACUAAAAUUGAUGGGGAAACGAGUUUCGGAUUACGAGCAAAUUGUAGUAACACCAAAUCAUCCAGGUGUAGAAAUAUCUUCCUCUCAACUUAACGAAGAGAAUGAAGAUUUUGCCGGAAGACGAAGAUAUCAUCAAACUUCAACCAUAACCGGUCAUUACGUGAACAUGGAUUGAGUAAAUUUGGGAACUGAGGCAUCUACUUGAGCAUCCAGUUAUAGUGCUAAGUGUACUUGUACCGAAAAUUAAUUUUAUUUAAUUUCGGUGUGUCGUUAUGCAUUUAUUUUUUUAUUUCGACAUAUUAUCAACAUACUCAUUUUUAUACGUGAUAUACCUUGUUCGAUAACGAACUAAUAUUAUUUCAGCGAAAUGAAAACGUUAAUCGUUACCGGCGAGUCACUAUAGCAGCUAAGUCAUUGUCCUAAAUGCUGAAUAACGAAUUAACUCUAUUUGCUUAUAGGUUGUUGAAUGAUAAUGUUACCAUACAUUAUGAUGUGAAGUCAUCGAAUUAUCAAAUACGUAAUUAAUGUAACGUUUCAAGUGUGAUUUUGAUACAGGAUAUUUAACCUAAUCGAAAGCAAGAAAAUAAAUCUAUUCGGUGAUAAGAAUAGUCGUAAUUUUUUUUUUCUACUGUACUGCCAAAGCUAUUUACAACGGACCCAACAAAUCCAGUUUAAUACAAUGUGUCAAUGUGAUAGUUGCCUGAACAAUUCGGAGCUUAUUUUAUCACUCGAAUAACUGACUUCCGAUCAGUAUUUUGUAAAUUUAGCUCACUUGGAUUUUGGGAAUUACUCAAUGAGUCCAAAAAUGCAAGUAUAUACAAGAUUUCCAUACAUAUAACGAUAUAGUUAUACUGAACGCACAAUUUUGUUGGUACAGAUGGUCAACAUACCAUGGAAGCUUUUGCUUGUAAUGCUUGAUUUGUGACAGCGGCCAAAUUUGUAAGAUGAAGUCGAAGUUUUUAUUCGAAAACAAACGCGGCGUGCUAAGACAAAGUGGAAACGAAUUAUUCAUAUUAGUGGUUAAGUACUAGUGUAUAAUUAUGAAUGUAUAUUUUUUAAAAUGUGGUUUGGGAUAUGAAAAUUCUUAAAAACUGGAAGAAAAUAUACUGUAACAGAUAAAGAAUUAAUAUUUAUACAACAUAAACUAAUACCUAUAUUUAUAAUAACGUAUGUAUUACAGAGUAAGAAUUCAUAUUUAUAUAAACAAAAUAUCAUAUAUUUAUACUAAUGUACCUAUGUAUUUAUUGCUCUGUAAAUAAAACCUCUAACUUAU